AUGUAAAGGAGCAUCCCACUAUGGCCUUACCAAGGAACGGAAGAGACGUUCCCAAGACUGCUCUCCAGACCAUGGCUCCAGCUUAGCAGUAGCUGCCCUAAGCCCCGAAUUGUCAGCAGCUGCGGCCAUCGCCUUAAUGACAGACGAGCCGGGGCUAGUGAAUCCAGCCUUCAGCCCCACCUCGGAGGACAGCCAGUCAGGAAGCAGCCCCGGAGACCUGCAUCGCUGCAACCGAAACAGAACUCGACACUUUGAACGCUCCACCAUAAGAAGCAGAUCUUUUAAAAAAAUAAACAAGGCAUUCAGUGUUCUUCGAAGGACAAAAAGUGGAAGCGCUGUUUCCAACCAGGCUGACCGGGAAAGGGAGACUGUUGGGAACUCUGCUGCUGGAGAGGAAGAUUCAGAAUGCUCCCUACAACCCCCGGUGACAAACACACAACAGUCUGCGGGAAAACCUGCAAGAAUCACCAAAAACAAGACAGAAAGUUUACUUCUUUCUAGAUUCAGCAGCUCUUCGAUAUUUAAGGACUGGAAAUAUAAAAUGGUAAAGAAAGGUUUUCCAAGGUUGUAUCACCUGAUUCCAGAUGGGGAAAUCACCUGCAUUAAGAUCAACCGUACCGAUCCCCAUGAAAACCUGGCCAUUAGGAUUGUGGGAGGCAGUGAGACUCCUUUGGCUCACAUUAUUAUACAGCAUAUUUAUCGAGAUGGGGUAAUUGCCAGAGAUGGAAGACUGCUGCCUGGAGACAUGAUACUAAAGGUAAAUGGCAUGGACAUAAAAAAUGUGCCUCACAACUAUGCCCUGUCAAUCCUGAAGCAACCCUGCCACGUGCUCCGACUGACAGUGCUCCGAGAGCAGAGGUACCGAUGCCGAAACAGCGGACUUUCCUUUGAUGCUCACUGCAACAGGGACGACAGUUUCCAUGUUGUGCUAAACAAAAGCAGCCCAGAUGAGCAGCUGGGAAUAAAGCUGGUCCGCAGGGCCAAUGAACCGGGGGUAUUUAUUUUCAACUUACUGGAAGGAGGCAUGGCUGCCCGUGACGGACAGCUUCAGGAGAAUGACCGGGUGUUGGCCAUCAAUGGGCAUGACCAUCGGUACGGCAGUCCAGAGAGCGCAGCCCAGCUGAUACAGGCCAGCGAGAAGCAGGUUCACUUCAUCGUGUCACGGCAGACCAGGCAGCAGACCCCUGACAUCUUGCAGGAGACGGGCUGGAGUUACAGCAGUGGCAGUCCCCAGUCCUGUCCCACUGGGAGGAACAACCCCAGCAAG